AGCCGAUUGCUACACACAAACAGAAAAGAGUGGACACUUAUUCCCUCCAGAUCACCCAUGCUCCAAACCUGUAACUUUUGAAACCCUGCUGAAGGCGCUACUUUUCGCGAAGCAGUGGGGAUUCCGCGCGAUGGCACUAGACUGUGUGAACAACCUCAUGACCGGGUCGUUCCAGAGGAUCACAUACCGGAAGCUUCACCAAGUGAUGCCCUGGUUUCGCUCUGGACUCGAAGAGCUGGUUGGAAGCAAGGAAGAUAUCAGCGUUGAAGAUGCCAAUGGAAUAUACCAUGCAGGUCAAUCAACCACCACCACCUUGUCGCCAGAUAAUACACAAGGUGGACGCAUCCCUCACCAGUUCAGAAGAUUCUGUAGCCUUCUCCGUGUUGUGCUAUAAUAUCCUAUGCCCGCAAUAUGCCUCAGCGGCGAUUUACCCUUACACGCCUCCUCAGGCUCUGGAAUGGAACUAUAGGAGAGAUCGCAUCAUGAAUGAGAUACGUCUCUAUUCAUGUGAUUUCGUGUGCAUGCAGGAAGUCGAUCGGGACAUAUACGACGAAUGGUUGAGGGGGACGAUGAAGCAAGAGGGUUACGAGAGCGUGUAUUGUCCUGCAUGGGUCAAGAGUCUACCACGGAACAAUGGCAAGAGAGAAAAGAGGGACGGAUGUGCUGUGUUUUGGAAGGCACAGAGAUACGGACUAGUCGAGGAUCAGUUCAUCGAGUUUUCGAAUCUCGCCAAAAACCGCCAGGACUUCAAGUCCUGUAAGGCUGUCUCCAAACGUUUAUUGCAACGAGGAAACAUCGGCAUCAUCUGUCUCUUCAAGUGUCUUUCUACCCGGAAACAGUUGUUGUUAACCAACACACACAUCUAUUGGGACCCAGAAUUUUGCGAUGUCAAACUCGUACAGGUUGGCAUGUUACUUAGAGAAAUGGAGAAAGUUGCAGAUCGCGUUCGAAGCGAAAUGGCUCAAGUACAGCCCGCUGGGCCACCGGAGCUACCUAUCGUCUUGUGUGGAGACUUCAACUCUCUACCAUCCUCAGGCGUCUAUGAUUUUUUGUCAACAGGAACCAUCCCGAAAAAUCAUCCGGAUUUUAAACAUUUUCAGUACGGACGGUUCACGAAGCACGGCAUGAGACAUGGAUUGGGACUGAGAAGCGCCUAUGCUGCGAGAGAUGGUCAGUCGGACGAGGGUGAAGUGCUUCCAUGGACGAAUUACACCGCUCACUUCAAGGGUGUUCUCGACUACAUUUGGUACUCGAAGGAUACACUCGAAUCGAAGUCUAUCCUCGGGAAAAUCGACGAGGUUUACUUGGAAGCGGAGAAAGUGACGGGCUUUCCCCACACCCAUUUUCCGAGCGACCAUAUCCCCAUCAUGACUGAGUUUGCGUGGAGAGGUUCUACGAAGGCAAGUAUGUAG